GGCUGCUGAGCUGACUGCCAAGCAGAGAUGCCUAUGUGCCUGGGGCUGCUUGGCUAGCCGAGGAGGAGAGCUUGUCGGGGGAGGGGCCGCCUCCUCCUCCUCCUCCUCCCCCCCGCCCCCCCGGAGAGGAGAAGCAGCAGCAGAGCACGCUGGCAUUGGCUGACGGACACAAAGGGGCAGCAGCGAGAAGAGCAGAGCCGCUGCACCCUCCAGGGGAUGCUGCUGCUUCUGCUUUGGGACUAGAACCAGAGUGAAGUGGAGGAGGAAGAAGAGAGGUUGAGUUCUGUAGACUAUGGGAUGGGCGAGGAAGAGAACAAAUAUGUGUCCCAACUCAAGGAUGUUUAUGACAGCUGUGAUACCACUGGCACUGGGUAUUUGGACAAAGAAGAGCUGACAGAGCUGUGCCACAAGCUACAUCUGGAGAGACAGCUGCCAUUACUCCUGGAAACACUCUUGGGGAAUAAUCACUUUGCUAGAGUUAACUUUGAAGAGUUUAAGGAAGGCUUUGUGACGGUAUUAUCGUCGAGCAUCAAUCUUGGGCUUUCAGAUGAUGAGAGCAGUUACCUGGAGCCAGUGGUUCCAGAUGAAGUUGAACCCAAAUACGUCAAUGGAGCCAAGUGGUAUGGCCGCCGGACGAGGCCAGAACUCCAGGGCACCAAGCUGGAAACCCCCAAGUAUUUACAAGAGCAGCAAGCAAAAGCCAAUGUGAAAAGUCAGUUGAGACGCUCAGCAUCAUUAGAGAGUGUGGAGAGUCUCAAAUCAGAUGAAGAUGCUGAAGGCACAAAAGAACCACAGCAUGAGAUGCUUGAAGAUCAUCAAGGUCAAAUAUGCACCUGGGAUGAUGACCUCUGUGAUGGCCCCAGAAAAGCCUCCACCUCUUAUUUUGACAUGACUGAAAAUCAAGUUCGGGACAUCUGGGAAGAGCUUGGCCUAGGGAAUAGCGGGUACCUUAACAAGCAAGAGCUGGCUGCUGUGUGUAAGAACAUAGGACUCAAAGAGCUGGAAAAAGAGGAUCUUGAAGAAUUAUUUAAUAAGUUGGAUAGCGAUGGAGAUGGCAGAGUAAGUUUUAAGGAAUUCCAGCUUGGGUUGUUCAGCCAUAGUCCCAUGCCUUGUCCAAUUUCUUCCACGCCUCUCAAACCAAAGCGGCAAAAGUCACCGUGCCAUCAGAUGUUCAAAGAGAGUGGGCAUAGAAGUGCCACUUCAUCCUUCUUCUCUGGUUCUGUGGGUUUGAAUCUUUUCUCCAGCAUCGAUGAUGGCAGUGGCUUUGCAAGACCUGAGCAGGUUGUCUCUAUCUGGGCCCAGGAAGGGGUUGAAAACUGCAAGGAGAUUCUUAAGAGUCUGGAUUUCAAUAUGGAGGAGAACAUCAAUCUCUUGGAGCUGUCAAUGGCCUUUGACGAUGAGCUAAUGGCUUCCAAGACUGGACUCCAACAGGCAGCUUUUGCCUCCUGUAGACAUGAACUUCAACAUCUAGUAAGACAGGUGGAGCAGAUCUCUAUGGAGAGAGACAAAGUGAGAGCUGAACUGGAGAAGGUGGAGAAGAGAAACGUGCAGCUUUUCAAAGAAGUGGACGAUCACCACAGCGCGCUGGAGCACCACAAUGAGAGUAAACUCAAAGAUCUUGAGCAAGAUUACAGAGGGAAACUGAUGAUUAUGAAGUCUGAAGUGGAGUUGGAAAAGGAGCACCUUUUGCAGCAGGUGACUCAUCAGAGGACUAAACUAGAAGCAGAUAUAAAAUCACUUCAAGGGGAAGAGUCUAACCUGAAGGAGAAGCUGACCUUAGUGAUUAAGGAAAAUAGUCGCUUACACAAGGAAGUGGCAGAAGUGGUUCAAAAGCUGUCAGAGUCAGAGAAGCAAGUACUGAAGCUCCAGAAAGAUCUUGAUUUCAUGUUGAAAGACAAGCUAGGACUGGUGGAUCCACACUACACAGAUUUCUUUGAUCAAGAAGAACGCUUUGCCAAAAUUAUUAACGAAUAUGAACUGCAGUGUCGGGAAUGGCGUGACCGGAAUGAUGAGCUGCAAAUGGAGGUGGAAGAACUGCGCUCCCAACUUCAGGAGCGCCAACGCAAUCCAGUCUGGCAUCAAAUGAAGGCCAACAAGCCAGGAGGAGGAAGGGAACUGCCUGAACAUACAAAAUCCAGAACUCCAGACCACUUGCAAAAAGAAGAUCAGCUCCAGCACUUACCAGCCACAAGCCAAAAUGGUGUAAUUGUUGUAGAAUCUGCUCCUUAUUCAGUAAGUAUAAAAAUGGAACUCCUGGUAGAAGAAGUAAAAGAACUGAAAGAACAACAUCGCCAUCUGAAAAUACAGCUGGAAAGCAAGGACUAUCUCUACAAAAGAGAAAUUGAGUUAAUUAAAAGAAGCUUUGAGAAGGAAAGGAAAGACAUUGAGGAAAGCUUCAAGAUUGAGAUUAGUGAACUGGAGGAACAGAAGAGUGAUCUGGAGGAGCUGAAUGCAAAAUGCCAAGAAGUAAUUGAUGGCCUGAAGGUCCAGCUUCAGAAACUGACUCCACUCCAAGAACUUGAGAAGAGGUUUGAGAAGGAGAGGUUGGAAAUGGAGCAGGACUAUGCCAAAGAGAUUUCCACUUUAGGACAGAGGCUGGCCCAGGAAAGGGACAGACUGGAAGAUGAAAUGAAGAAGACUCAUGAGUCUGAGAUGCAUCUAAUAAGAAUUGAACUCCACAGAGUUUCGGAAGACAGGAUUCUCCUAAAAAAUAAACUUGAAAGAUUUCAGCAAGAAAUGGAGGACGUUGGAGAGGCAAACACAAAGCACAGAAAGCAAGUUGAUGAACUGAAGAUGGAAAAAUUGAAGGCUAUGCAUGAAAUAGGAGAAUUAAAUCAACUGAAUAAGCAGUACAAGGAGGGAAUCCUCGAGAUAAAUACCAGGACUGAUCAGCUGAGCCACAAACUCUCUGAACUCAGUGGCAAUAAUAAGGCCAAUCAGAAUACAAUCUGGUUACUGAAUCAGAAGGUUGCUGAGCUGGAGAGCCAAAAAGAGCAUGAAACUCUGGUAGCCAAGCAACUUCAGGAGGCCUCUGCUGAAUUGACAAAGGAGCAUCUUCAGCAGCAGUUGGCAUGGCAGGGGGAGAGGGCCCUGCUGGAGCAGCAGCUAAAGGCCUUGCGGGAAAAGGCCAGCCAAUACCAGGAGCUGCAGGCUGAACUGGAACGUCUGACCCAGGAAUGUCAGAUGCUGCGGCGAGUGAAAGCACAGCUGAGAGAAGAGCUGGAGGAUUGCCGGGACCGGUUAUUGGAAGCCAACACAAGCAUAAGCCUGGCACAGUCUCAGCAUGUGCAGGAGCUGCAACAAUUACGGGCCCAGAUGGAGAAUUCUGUAGCUAAGGUUUGCCUUGAUGAGCUACAGGACAGAUUGGCAGAAAAACAAGAAACGAUAAAGCGGUUGCAAGGAGAACUUAAGUUCCAGGCAGAGCAGCUGAGUAGGCAAUUGGCCAUAUAUAAGGAAGAGCAUGAGAACUCGCAUAGAUUAAUGGAGGAGAAGGUGGAAGAGCUGGAGAUGAACUUGAAGAAUGCGCAAAUCAUGCUUCAGGAAAAGGUGAUCCAACUCAAGGAGCAGUUUGAAAAAAAUGCAAAGGCUAAUCUGUUGCUCAGAGAGUUGUAUGUGGAAAAUGCACAGCUGAUGAAAACUUUGCAGGUCACAGAGCAGAGGCAGAUGAGCACAGAGAACAGGAACUUCAUCCUGGAGGAGAAAGUCUCAUCCCUGAACAAACUAAUUAGAGAAAUCACUCUGGCAUCUCAAUGAACAAAUCUGCUUUUCGGCUUUGUUGCUUUUAACUGGAAAGGACAACUGGCAGUAGAAGAUUUCAGUGGCCAAUUUUGUUAUAUGUAUUUCCUGUCCAGCCAAAGAAACUAUGUUCGUUUCUUAAUGACAGGAUAUAUAUGGGGAAUCUAUUGCCACCUCUCUUCAUGGGAAAAAAUUAGUGCUAGUUGAUUGGAGACCCAUAACAGAAGGCAUGAAAACCAACAGAUGAUAAUACUCUCAGGGAGUUUAAAGGUGAAAUGACAGUCCAGUGGCAAUAAAGAGAAAAUGUCCCAUUUUUCCAAUGGAAAAGUUAAAGCUUUUAGUGCCUUUUGGAUCAUUCCACAGAAGCAGACUCUUCUGCUCUGGUUCCAUCUCAGGACUAGAAGAUAUUUAUUGUGAUUUCAAUAUUCUUGCCUCCCCUCCUCCUCCUCAAACUUGUCUGCACACUGGCUUAUAUUGUAUUUUAUGUAGUUUUCUACAUGGAUAUAAUAUUCUCCCCUCUAAUCACAUUCUGUAUGGUAUGGGUAGAUCUGUAAAUGUUACACUUGUCUUUCACUUUGGAUAAAACCUGACAUGAGACUUUUUAAUUAAAUACUAUUUAUACUGCU